UAUUUUCUCACACCCCUAAUACUACCUGCCUGCCUGCAAAACCAUUGUCAGCGAGAUGCUCGGCCCCGAUGCAGUUAAAGACAUUGCUUAAGUCCCCGUCUGAUAAAAACACUAAAGAGACAAAGCUGAGACAGAGCUUCGUGAGUGUUUCUUCAAUUCCUGCCAGGAUAUUGGCUUUGUGUUCAUUUAAACACGCUCAGGUUUCACACUGAGUUAUCCUGAUGGGUUUGGAUUCAGCAGGAAAGACAACUUUACUCUCUCAACUCUUGACUGGAAAGUUGAUGGACACAUCACCGACCAUUGGAUUUAACGUAGGAACUAUUGAUUUGGACAAGCGGACGUCAUUAACAGUUUGGGAUGUCGGAGGACAAAAAAGCAUGAGGCCUAACUGGAGGUUCUACCUGGACGACUGCAAGGCAUUGGUCUUUGUGGUUGACAGCAGCGAUCCAAGUCGGAUGCCUGAAGCCCAAAGGGUAUUGAAGAAAAUUUUGAGUGAAGAAAAGUUACGAGGCAUCCCAUUGAUGGUUCUUGCCAACAAGGUGGACCUACCUGGUGCCUUGACCGUACAAGAGAUCUCCAACCAGCUGGGAAUGUCUCACUACCAACAACUGAUAUGGCAGAUUCAAGCAUGCAGUGCACUGAAAGGAGUCGGUCUGUGGCAGGCCUUCACGUCCAUCGCCAAACUCAUCAAAAAGAACUAACAUGCACAGCAUGAGAAGGAAGUGGACUUUAAAUGUACUGUAAUACCAAAAGUAUAGAUGUUCGAUCUUGUUUUGAGUGUAUAAAAUAUUUUACAAAUUUUAUGUUGAAAUGUUACUCAUCAUUAUGCCCCAUAUUAUGGGGCGCCGUUUGUAAAGCAGUACAUGCUAAAAAUUGCGACAUCGUUUUCUCACAUUUAGCGCCACACAGUGUUUAAAAUGGUUAGAAAUUUUUAGUCACUUUUUUUUUUU